AAAAGAGCAAAUUUUCCCCGGCAAUAUCGAAAGAGAGCGCGCAUCGAAAUUUCUAUGAAUACACGAAAUAAAACCACCGCAGUGAGAAUAAAAAAUUGAAUUGUACGGGUAAUUGGUGAUUGAUUUUAAAAAACAUUACAUUAAGUGGGACACCGUAGCGGCCGGCUUAGUUUUCCACUGAAAAGAAGGUAACAAAAGCCAAAAUUUCUAUUGCGUGUGCGAGAGAAUAUUGCGAGUAGUUUUGUUGAAUGAAAUCGAUUGAAUCGGUGUCAUGUUGCACUAAAUUUGUGUUGAGCUAUUAAGUGGACGUCGUUUUCUUUCGCAUUCUGAAAAUCAAUUUCAUGCAAAUCAGAUCGGAAAAACUGAAACCAAAAGAAUAUAGUGUGGUGAAUAAAUUUUGUUGUAUAUCAUAUGUGAAAAUAUGCUUUCAAAAAACGCCAAUAAAAUCCACCGCACAACCAUUACACGUUCAAACACACACACAUACACAUGUACAUUCGUCGUCGUCGUUGCUAUUGUCGUUUUGCACUCAUACAUUUUGCUGCACGUUGUGAAAUUAUCAAGUAUAGUUCGCCCAACAUUUCUCCGAAUGGCUUAUGUUUCGUUGUCGUUGCUGCCGCUGAUGUCGUCGUCGUCGUUGCUGUCUCGUGUGCGUGUAUAUAAGAGCGACAGCAAACAAAAUUCCAAUCACAAGCAUCGACAUUCAGUAGUAAAAAUGGCGUCGCAUAGAUCGGACUUCUAACGCUGUAUCUUUCAAAAUAAAAACGAGCAACAAAUACAGCAACAAAAACAAUAACAACCAACAUACAAAACUAUAAAUAAAUGCAAACAAAUUGCAUUGAUACGAACUUUCCGUUAAAUCGAAUAAUCACGAGCUGUAUUGUUGUGAUUGGAAGGUGGGCCGAAUCGAAGGAUAAUUUCUUCUUCGAUAUUCGGCGAGGGGGACAAACACUUGACUCUCUUACCGUUAGAUUAACUAGGACCGACGCUCGAAAAGGAAAAACCGAGAAACAAAAAAUCAAUUGUGUGUACCAUAUAUUCAAGGAGACAGGAAUAGAUAGAGAGAAAGAUAGCAAUAACGCCGACAUUCAAAAAGGAUAUGCCAAUGUUUUCGCAAUUCCCAAUGAACCUAUCGAUAAAUGGAUUCAUCGUACUUGUAUCAAAAGUCUGGACAUGCUUAUGUUUCAUAUUUAACCGACAGGUUCGGGCUUAUCAGCCGGUGAAAUAUGAUUUGUUCCCGUUGUCACCGGUGUCGCGGCAUCGUCUCAGCAUGGUUCAUCGCAAGACUUUGGUGUUAGAUUUAGAUGAGACACUGAUUCAUUCACAUCAUGACGCAAUGCCGAGGAAUACGGUCAAACCGGGCACGCCACACGAUUUUACUGUUAAGGUCACAAUCGAUCGACAUCCAGUGCGAUUCUUUGUACAUAAACGGCCACAUGUCGACUUCUUUUUGGAUGUUGUAUCACAAUGGUACGAUUUAGUCGUAUUUACGGCGAGCAUGGAAAUUUAUGGUGCUGCCGUUGCCGAUAAAUUAGAUAAUGGUAGAAAUAUUUUACGUCGACGAUACUAUCGUCAACACUGCACUCCGGAUUUUGGAUCAUACACAAAAGACUUAACAGCGAUAUGCAAUGAUUUAAAUAGGAUAUUUAUUAUAGAUAAUUCUCCCGGUGCAUAUCGAUGUUUUCCAAAUAACGCAAUACCAAUCAAAUCUUGGUUCUCCGAUCCCAUGGACAUUUGCCUCCUAUCGCUAUUACCAUUAUUAGAUGCGUUACGAUUUACGAAUGAUGUGCGCUCAGUGUUGUCACGGAAUUUACAUUUGCAUCGUUUGUGGUAGUUACGAAUCGAUCAGUGAACAUUCAAGUUUGCAAAGAACGCGCAAAAUCAGCGGUAUAUAAAUAUGUUAUCGAAAUUACUGGGCCGAAGAAGAAAAAAAUCUACUCAGACAACACACAUACGAUUUCAAUGUGGUGGUCCAGAACAAACCAAGGAAAACUAGUUAAAACAAAAUAGAUACAACAACAGGAAAAAGAAAACAACAAAUUUAUUAAGAAGAAGAAGAUGAUAAUGAUGAUUAAUAUGAGAGAAAGAAGUAACAAAAAGACGAAAUGAAACUACAAAAAAGAGACAGACCAUGGAUCAGUUUUGUAUGAAUGUUGUAUGUAUGUUGUAUGUGUGUGCAUCCGUAUUCAGUUCAAAGGCUGUGUGCGAAUAAAAAAAAUACUAUACAGUCAUUGUA